ACACACACACACACACACACACACACACUAUUUUUGUGACCUGAUGCUGUCACGUGUGGGGCGGCAGCCUGCGACAUGAUACGAAACAACAAACUGACGUCAUCAGCAGGCGACUCCCACCUGACAGCGCCCAGGAGGCCGACGGGGAGCCUGUGCAUGUCUUCGGCCACACAUCAGUGCGCGGAUCUCCUGACGCCCGUGCACCGCAGCGUCUGCCGCGCGCAUCUGUCCGUGCACUCCGACAGCGCGGGCCACGAUGGCGGACUGCGUCGGCUUCCAAGCGCAGAUCGCCUCCAUCAUAGAGAUGCUGGCCAACUCGGCGGUAGCCGAAAUUUGCAAACUGGUGGACGACGGUUACGCGGCGCUGCGCUCUCAGAUGGAGCAGGAGCGGGAGAAGAGCGAGAAGGAGAACCGAGCCCUGCGGCAGAGGCUGCGAGACAUGGACGUGAAGAUGCGGAGCUGUGAGAGGAGGAUGAGGAGACGGAGUCAGCGCGAGGAGCAUCACACGGCUCAUUUUAGGCCGCCCAAAGGACCUGAUGACCAUCAGCCCCUGGCACCCCCUCCUCUGGCUCUUUCUGAAGGCAAACCCUUUCAUCCAGUUUCAAAGCAGGAGGAAGCCAAGAUGUUGACACUGGUGAAGCAGGAAAAAGAGGAGAGAGAUGACUGCAACUUGGACGUGAAGGUGGAGGUUAACAUAAGGGCGGAGUGUGGCCUCUCUGCAGCUUUGGAGCCCAGCGAGGAAAGCCCCCCUGCUGACACUGUCCUCGACACCAGCGUCAGCAGCCUCACAUCCUCCACAUCACAGCUGUCCUCCUCUCCUGCUGAUGCCACGAUGGACCUGACCUGCAGGCCUCGAGCAAAACGUAAGGCUGCUAAGCCCGUAGGCAACACCGAGGGGGUCCAUGCCUCCGAAGCGGCUCGCAGGGACCCUUCGGGGAGCCUACCUGAUAUGGCUCUGAAGCCAGAGGUCCAGACAGAUGAGCUCACAGAAGAUGACCUUCAUCCCUCUCAGCUGUCGGCCACUAUAGCCUCUGAUGAGUCGAGCUGCGACCGCCUCAACAGCCUGGGCCUGGAUCUGGCCUGGAUGCAGGAGCGUGUCAGCCAUCUGGGAGCAGCCUAUGCAGUAGCACAGCUGGGUUUGGGGAACACGGACAGCGGGCACCCUUCUGCCUCCUUCCCCUCACAGGGAGGGGGAGAAAGUCUCGACGGCCCCCCGACUAUGCUCUUUACAGGCGGCGCUCACGAGAUGGCUGCUUUUGCUGCCUCCUUCGACAUGGCUGCUGCUGCCGCCGCCGUAGUAGCUGCACCCCCUCCACCUCCGCCCCCUCCCCCUCCUCCGACAGCUCCCACUGGCACUGCCAGCAGCCAGAGGCGGCCUUACAGGAGCAGCACCGCCGCCGCAAAAGAGCCGGUGGCGUGCGCUGUGUGCGGACGUGUGUUCCCCAGCACGGCCGGCCUGGAGUUGCACCAGCGGGUGCACACCGGGGAAAGACCUUACACUUGCCCUCACUGUGGGAAGGGUUUUGCCCAGCCCAACAACCUGCGGGUUCACCUCCUCAUCCACACCGGUGAGAGGCGUUAUCGAUGCACGCUGUGCGGGAAGAGUUUCAUCUCAUCGAGCCAUCUGAAGAGGCACCGUACAGUUCACACACAGGAGAAACCCUACAGCUGCUCGCGCUGCGGCCAGUCCUUCAGCCAGAUGUGUAGCGUCCGCAGACACCGGCAACAGUCUCAGUGUGGCCUUCCUACUCGAGCAGUGAAAGAGCAAAGACCGAGCAGCCAGCGGCUAACAGCCAUGUCCAACCGCCUGGCCUUCCAGACCCAGCUGGCCUCCAUCAUGGAGGUCCUAGCAAACGCAGCGGUGGCGGAAAUCUGUAAGCUGGUUGACGACGACUACGCGGUGGUGAGGUUGCAGAUGUCUCAGUGCCAGAGAGAGAACAAGGCCCUGAAGAGGAAACUACACCUGCUGGAGCUGAAGAUGGCCCGGGGAAAUGCCGAGAGGAGGCUCCGGGAGAGUGCCCUGAACAGCAGCCGGCCGAGGGUGCAGAUAAACGGCAGCGACAGGCCCCGAGAGCUCUCCACCCCCGCCGGUGACGUGUUUGACCAGCAGAGGGAGGUGCUUCUGUGGCCCAGCGGAGACGCAACCGGUGAACUGAUCCUGUCUGAAAGCAUGCACAGUAAGUCUCCAGAUGUGGAGCUGGUGGAGCCGGAGGCAGUGCUGGUGAAAGAGGAGAAGGUGCAGGCAGCCACGUCUCGAGAUGAAGCGGAGCAGAGUACGUCACUUAUAGGAGAUGAUGGGCUGAUGGAGUGUGUCCUUCAUGGAGCUGAAGGUCAGAUGCCUGGCCCCGAGGACCAGGACGCCCAGUCCGUGUCUACUCGAUCCCAGUCGCAGAGCCAGGCGUGCAGGACGAAGCUUACCGGCAGCAGGGGAGUGGAGGUCAGUGGCUCCUCUCCUCUUAAGUGUGAACUCACUGCUUCUGUUGAAGGCAGAGACUCGCUGCAGGAAGUGGCGAUCCCACACCGGUACGUCGACGAUGGCAGCAGCGACUCAAAGUUUGACGUCUUGUGUGACAUCGAUAAAACCGGUCACUCGUUGGUCGGGGAGUUUUUUGACGAGCCCUCAAAUGUUGACGUGGAAGGAACGAGUCCGUCGUGUUCGUACUCGAUGGCGGCCGUCGAUUUGCCGUCAACUUCUUCCGGUGUUAAUGGCUGGAAUCGCUAUGACAACGUGUUUUCCUUGCCCCGGCCCUUCACUGACGGCAGCAAAGCGUUCCCGCGCACUGGCAGGGAAAGACUGUUUGCCUGCAGCUACUGCGGCAAAGCUUUUAACCGGCCCAAGAAAGUGGAGAUACACCAGCGUGUCCACACAGGGGAGAAGCCUUUCAGCUGCUCCACAUGCGGGAAGAUGUUCUCAGAGGCCGGGAACCUGAGAAAACACCAGAGAGUCCACACUGGGGAGAAACCGUACACCUGUGGGGUGUGUGGCAGGGGAUUUGCCUGGAUAAGAAACCUGAAAACACACCAACAAAAGAGCCACGCUGACGUUUACAACGCAGAGACCUGGGAGGGCAGCCAGGCCUCCUCUGAUUGGUCAGGUCCAGUGUCCUGGUUCUCGCUCUGCUGGUUUGUGUAUGCCCCCGUGCAGGCGUCGUCUAAGGAUGAGGAGCCAGAUGUGGUGCUGGUGAAGGUGGAGGAGGUGGAGCCAAUGACGAGACCUCGGAACCGGCCGUGCCUCAGCAUACAGGAGGGGUUGGUGGAGUCCAGUACAGACGACUGCAGAGGAGUGCUGUCCUUUGAUGAAACCACACAGAUGUCCACCAAUCGGCUGUCUGACCUGCAGGACUCUGGGCGGGGCUUCUCAGAGGUCAGCUGUGGCCAUUCUUCGCUGUGGACUAAUAGGGGGGGCGGUUACAGUGAGAGCCUUCCAGGGCUGUCCUCACACUUUGCUCCACUCUCAUACUUGCCUGGCACACUCACUGGAGGAGAGCCUGGCAGCUCUGGGAGGGGAUCGGCUGCUGAGAACGCAACAGAGAGGGGAUCAGCCGCUGAGAAUUCUAGAAAGUUGCCCACUUAUCCCUUUGAGCAGAAGCUUCCUGUUAUUGAUCUGUCAGAUGAGUCCAGCCAAAGUCAGGUGUCAAGUCAGACGCAAGCAGGACACCUGUCAGUCCAGGGGUCUCAACAGUAUCUGCACCCAGGUCCAAGUCAGGGCCCAAAAAAUCCCACGAAGAGGGAUUGUGUCUGUAGUUUCUGUGGGAAAAGGUUUCCUGCUCCAGCAAAUUUGGAAUCUCAUAUGAGAACCCAUACUGGAGAAAAGCCAUAUGGCUGCACCAUCUGUGGUAAAAAAUUCUCCCAGUUGUGGAAUUUGAAGAUCCACAGGAACAUCCACACAGGGGAGCGACCGUACCAGUGCUCGCUCUGCCCCGAAAAGUUUUCUGACCCCAGCAACCUGAAAAAACACCUAAAGAGACACCAUCCACAAAACAUGGCCAUACAGUCAGGAACAUCUUAGAUGAAAGGGCUAACACACUGUUAAUGAGUACUGUAUUUUUCAGACCAUUAGGCGCA